UUUUUGUUCUUUGUUAUAUUUUUGGAUACCUCCGCUACUUUUUAGAUAUUCUCUCUCUAAAAUGGGCCAAGGUCGCAAGCGAAUAGAACGUCGAGACAAUCGCCGCAACCGUCGGCGAAGCAUAUCUCUGGACGUUGACAAUCUGGAUAACAAUGCUCUUUUAUACUAUAUGGGCUCUGCUGCAGUAAUCCGAAGUCGGAUGGAGGCAACCUACCAAUCUAAUGCUUCAAGGCGUUGCCUUACCCCGUUUCCAACUAGGGAAUUUCGGGAGGCCGGGCAAGCAACGCACUCUCACCCAUUACCUGGAUAUCCUACUCAAAAGCAGGCAUGCUCCACGUGUGGAAAGGAACGGAAUCCCUCUCCGACGAACGUGUGCAUGAAUCCGGAUAGCAUUCCUUUUGUUCCCACCAUUUCUUUGGAUCCCGUGUCUAGUGGUGCUCGUGACAACAACUACUAUAUUGCCGAGUAUAUUACUCGGACGUUUUUCCGCGAGGAUGUGAUCGUUCAAAACGAACGGAAACAGGAACUGAGUAUGGAAAACAAAAACAAGAUUCGUUCUAUCUUGAAGGACCUUUUGGACGCCGAACACAACACACAGCCCCUCUCUUCGAUCGUGUCCAAGGAUCCUUCCUUCAUCAUCUCUCUUCUUUUCGAAGAGCACAUUCCUUUUCUCUUUUCUCUCCUUCUCUCCAACUGUCUCCACGAGCGCCUCUACGGCGUCUCCGUGAACAUCGCCAUCAUCGACCUCCUCCUCUCCUCUCUCCCCUCCUUCCAGCUCUCCCUCCAAAAACAGCUCUACGAGUCCCUCCUCGACUUCCACGAGCAGGAGCGCGCGAGCCUGUUUCUGCCCGACGAGGAUCUCUACGUGCAAAGCACUCCCUACGGCCAAAUCCACCGCCUCGUCGAGCUCUGGACCUCGCUUCUUCGCACUCACUACGCCGCCUACUGCUCCGUCCUCUACGCACACACCGCGCCGCUCCGCCCCGGCGACGACGUUCCCGGGCUCUCCCCGCGGUUCCUCAUCGAUUCGUUGCUUCUGCUUCUUCGAAUUCGCGGCGUCGCCUCCAAAUACCGGCCCGUCCUCCUCGAGGGCAUGCUCAAGCUCUUCUACACCAGCCGCGCCGCGCUCUCGCGCUGCCUGCGCUGCCUCGCGGCCAAGUGGCCGAUCGGGAACCCGCGGAAAGUUCGCGUUUUUGGCGGGUGCGAUGUAGACGCUGGCCUGGCUCGCAUUGACGCAGGAUCUGAUCAAUAA